AUGUUACGCUUGCUGGGUCUGGCGCAACAGGCGCUUUUGCUGGGAGCAGCAUUACACGCUGUUGCCACGCACGCCGUUGUGUUCCGCGGAGUCAAUUUGGGAAGCUGGCUCGUCACUGAACCUUGGAUGGUCAGCACACUUUAUGCUUCAACGAAUGCCCCCGACGAAUGGACUUUGUGCAAUACGCUCGGCAAGAAGCAAUGUUUAUCAGUGUUACAGAAUCAUUGGGCAACAUUCAUAACCCGUGACGACAUGGUACAGAUCAAGAAUGCUGGUUUAAGGUUCGUAGUAAAGCACGGAGUUCGGAUACCUAUCGGAUAUUGGGCAGUUGAUCUGCUUGAUUACGAGCCUUAUGUGGCCGGCUCAUAUCCAUACCUCAUUCAGGCAGUGCAAUGGGCUCAGCAGCUUGGGCUGAGCGUUUUCAUCGAUCUCCACGGUGUCCCAGGUUCUCAAAACGGCUGGGCGCUGUCCGGAAUUGUUGGUCACAACGAGUUUCUUGCCAACACGACCAAUACGGAUCGGACGCUUAAUGUGCUUCGUAACCUGACUGCGGAAUUUUCUCAAAGCAUCUACGGAGGGGCUGUAACGAACAUCGAGAUCGUGAACGAACCUACCAUCGACUAUGCCUCGCUUCGAUCCUUCUACACACCAGCCUCGAACGUCGUUGGUGCAGGCAACUCCAGCGGGAUCAACAUCACCAUUUCCGAUGGAUUUUACAACCCCCACUCGUGGCAAAACUUCGAUCCAUGGAAUCCUCAAGCAAAUCAAACGGCGCCGCACAUCACGCUCGAUACCCAUCAGUUCUGGGCUUUUCCACCGCUCGACAAACUCGACAAAACAGGCGUGCUGAACUCGAUCUGCACCUUUGCAAAGAAUCAGUUGCGCGUGGACCCUAGCGAGGGCACGCCGCCCACGCUUGUUGGUGAAUGGUCUUUAAGCACGGGUGUCACUUCGAAGAGUAGCGUCGACGCAGCUCAGGACCGCGCCAAGCGAACCUGGUUCCGACAACUUUUCGAGGCGCAAAACGCGGCCUUCACCCCUACGAAACCUGGCGAUGCCUCGAUUGGCUGGUAUUUCUGGUCCUGGAAGACAGACUAUGACGUUGAUGCGUGGUCGUACCGCAAGGGUAUCGCACUGGGCUAUAUCCCUUCUAACAUCAGCGAUCCAUCCACGUAUGCCUACCCUAUCGGAAGCGAUGGCUGUAUCGACCAGACAUUCCAAUGGAAUGCACCCAUGCUUUCGACUGCCACCCCGACAUUCGGCAUUGCCGCAGGUGCAACAGGCAGUGUCGCACAAAAGGGCGCAGGAAACUCUCGAGCCGCAUUACCGUUCUCAGGAGAGCACGGCCUAUGGUCAUGGGCAGCUAUCGGUGCUGCUUCAUUCCUGGGGAUGAUGUUAUAG